UCGUGGAGAUUAUUUUUUCCGACGGAACGGGAAGGGGACGCGCUCCGAUACCCCCACACGGCGGCAUUAGCGUUAGUCGGGCGGCUUUUUUGUGCAUGGAGAACGAGUGGCCCGUCCCAGAAAACCGCCCCGAGAAGAAGAUACCUGAGGAUAAGCGAUGCAGUGAGGACAUGAGUGCGACCGAUCUGAAUCAGACUGCCAUAAGGGCAUCAGGACUCAUGGAGACUGACGUCCAUCUGAGCUCUGAAACAGCAGACAUGAGUCGUCAGCCACGCGAGGACGCGUUGCCACAACUAGGGACGGACACGGGAUCUCAGCUGACCUCUACAAGCUCCCCAAGAGAUGGUCAGAAGGUCCGAAGAAGACGUGGUAGGCCUGGUAAAAUCAAGCUGUCGGGGGCGGCCGACAUCAGUGCUGACGAGCUGAAAGAGGCCGGCAGCACAGCAGCAAUGGCCGCGCCUUCAGUCGACCACAGCACCGGCGAUUCUGACGAAAAACCAGGUACUGACGCCGUCCCGCCGGUAAAGAGAAGAAGAGGACGGCCGAAAAAAUCUGAAGCCGCCACCGUACCACGCACACUCUCAAAGAGGUUUGCCGCAUUUUUAUGUCCCCGUAAGGGCAACCACGGGUGGACCCUGAGGAGUAGAGGAGCGCAGAACGGGAAACCUGACGGCGACGCAGAUAUCAAGCAAUCGUGGGGGCCUCCUACAGAUUGCAGUGACCCGAUUUACAAUCAUGGGAUUAGGAGGAGGAAAAAAAGGGCUCUAAAUAAUGAGCAAGUUCCAGCCAAAGUGGCAAAGCUGGACGAACCCAAAGAGGCCUCGCCGGUGCUGAGCAUUGAGGCAGACUGUACAGGGAAAACAGAGACAGAGAAACAGGUGGAGCAGAGGGCUGAUAAGCAGGAGGAUAAUGUAAACGCUAGCACUGCUGAGUCGACAGUACAAGAGCAGCAGAUGCAACUAACGGAGGGAGUCCAAUCCCCUCCAGAGCCUGAAAAUAUUCCUGCAGAGGAUCUCAACCGGUUACAUUUGGUUAACCCCUCUCAAACCGAAUGUCCUGAUGUGAAGAAGCCUUUUAGGAUAGACAGCGAAAAGGAGACUCAGCUGAACGCUUCUAAUUCACUUGAUUCUCCAGUUAAUGCAGACGUGCAGGGGGCAGACUCUCCGAGCAAAGGGUUGGUAUCAUCCUCGGAAAAGACCCCGCAAACUAUAACCGAGAAAUCUGCCAACGCCGCCAAAGAGCUCAGCACGUCGACUCCUGUGUCGGGUAGUCAAACGUCGUCACAAAACAUCGCCGACCCCUCCGUGAUGUUACCCACCAGGCAGCACACGGUGUUUAGGUGCAAGAAAGGCGGCAAGAGGAAGAGAAGAGUAGUUCGAGUUUUGGUGAUCAGCAAGAACGACGUAGAGAAAAAACCCGAGGCCGCCCCGCAGGUUGAAGAAAAGCCAGACUGUGGCGACGUGAAAACCGAAGACGCUUCGGACAUCAGAGAUGACGUCAUCUACGUCAAAAAAGGGGGCAGAAACAUGCUGAAGUGCAACUUCUGUGGGCGUCUGUUCAAGUUCCUGUCCCAGUUGGUCGUCCACCAGCGCAUCCACACGGGAGAGCGGCCCUUCAAGUGCGCAGAGUGCGGCAAAGGUUUCACCAAGAACUCCAACCUGAACCUCCAUCUCAAGAUGCACCUGAAGAACAACAUGUAUCAAAAAUGCCAGCUGUGCAAGAUCAGAGUCUCCAUCUCGCAGUACGCCGCCCACAUGGAGACGCACGCGCAGGCCGACGACCAGCAGGCCCCGUUUGUCCCCAACCAGGCGGAAAACGCCAGCCAGGACGGGAGCUACGAGGGCGCCCAGGAGACCCCGAAGGAAUCCGCGGCUGAAAAGAAGGCCAGCAAAACCUGCCAGUACUGCGGCAAGACGUUCCCCUUCCAGUCCGCCCUCAAGAGACACGUCCGCAUCCACACGGGCGAGAAGCCCUACAAGUGCGACAUAUGCGGCAAAGCCUUCGGCCAGUCCUACUUCCUGCGGGUGCACGAGCUGACGCACUGGACCGUGAAGCGCUACAACUGCACGCGCUGCGAGAAGUCCUUCUCCCACUACAGCAACGCCAAAAACCACACGUGCCGGCCGGUGCGGGGCAGCGGCGACCCGCAGGCCAACCGGCGCAUAAAGCCGCUGCUGACGUACACGUGCCACAUCUGCAAGAACGUGUUCGAGCACCUGCAGAACUUCAACAACCACAUGAAGGAGCACACGGGCACCAAGCUGUUCCGCUGCCUCUACUGCGACAAGCUGUUCAGCGUGCUGUCCGACUUCGAAGCCCACCGGAUCCGGUGCGCGGCGGAGAGGAAGGUGCCCAGCACCAUAAAGGAGGAGGAGAUGAUGACGAUGAUUCAUUACAGAGUGCCUUCGCAAAGCUCUUCGCACGCUCACCGUCCGCGUCCUGCGGCGGCGUCCGACUACAAGCCGCAGAAAAAACGACCGGACACCCGUCGCAGACGACGCGCCGCUAACCUUGACAAGCCGUCGCAGACGCCGAUCAACCCGCCUCUCCCCGUCUCGUAUGUUGUUUCGAAGCUAAACCAGCUGGACAACCGAUCGGACCCCAGGAAGUACCCGUGUCCGAGCUGCGGGCGGCAGUUCCGCCACAUGGGCAGGCUCCGAGCCCACAUGCUCACGCACUCGUCCGCCCAGACGUACCCCUGCGCCCAGUGCGGGAAGACGCUGGGAAGCUGGAAAAAGCUGUGGCACCACCAGAGGUUGCACCGGCAGCCGAGCGGCCGCUUCACGUGUGCGCUGUGCGGACGGGGCUUCCGCUUCGCCGGCUCCUACAGGGAGCACAUGAAGGAGCACCCCGAGUUCCACUGGGUCGAAGAGCGGCCGAAGAAAGUGUUCCUGCCUUACCAGUGCGAGCAGUGCACGCGUGGCUUCAGCACGCUCGACCUGCUCUUCACUCAUCAGCUCUGCCAUUCGUCGGUGCAGGACCUGCGCAAGGAGCCCAGUUUGGUGUUGACCACGAUUGCUGCCAGUUCCCAGUCGAUAGCCAAAGCUCCUCACUCUCCCAUCAAGUGUAAUCCAGCGGCAUCACAGCCGUCGGCGGACAGAACUAGCUCCAUUUUAAGCCCCUCGCUGAAAUGCCCCGGUCAAAAUUCCCAAGCGUCGCCUUUGUCCCCCGGUUACAAUCGAGACACGGACUAUUCUACUCAUGCUCCCAACAGGACACAUUUAGUCCAAGAGAGGGACAAAGUUAAAGAAAACGGACCUGGAAAAUCCAUUAUGCCCCUAAAACAUGUGAAAUCACCUCAAAAUACCAGCAAAACGAAAGAAGGGUCCUCAGACGAUCUACGGUGUGCUGUGUGUGGAGAUAUAUUUCCUGCAGUUUCAGACCUUUUCCACCAUUAUAUGGAGCAUGCAAGAGGCCUGGUUUAAACUAUACAUUUCAAACGUGUAGGAGUGUCCUAAAAAGCCCCAAAAAUGGUUGGGGUCAGAAGUUUACAUUUGGAGGGAUGUUAGGAUAAUCCCCAGAAAUCAAAUUCAACUAGGAAAAGUGACCAUAUAUGAUUUUUGCUCUUUAACUUGAGACCUGCAAAAACAGGUAGUUCUAAAAAAAAAAAUUAAACUGGAAUAAUACUUUAAAUAAUGCUUGUUGUCAUUAGGCUUGGGCUGGUUACUGUCAACAAGGUAUGCUGAGGUUUUCUUUUUUUAUUACAGCAUAAUAACCUGUAAUGUUUCACUUCUCACCAUUCUGAUAAUAAAAAGCAAGAGAACAAAAUGGAUCAAAAUGCACCACCGCCUCCCAGAACGGUUACCACGCACUGCCUGUCAGCUGGCUUAAAGAAAACUGCCUUUUUCUCAUACUGAUAGAAUAUUUCCAAACAACCAAUUAGGUCUUUUUCAUGUUUAGAGUUUUUGGCUUUAAGUCUUUUUUUUUUUUUUUAUACUUUGGUUAUGUUUACUUAAGACUAGGGCUACGUUCACACCGCAGGGAAAGGCGACUCAAUUCCCAUCUUUUCACCCUCCAAGAAAUCCGAUUUGUGCCGCUUCAAUCUGUGGUACUAAUUCGGACACGUGUCCGCAGUCUGAAGGGUCAUAUCUCAUUUUAUCCGUUUUUCUCAUCACUCUCCUGUCUCUCACUACACAUCCACACAGCAGUAGUAGUGAAUUUCUCCAAUGUGAGAUCAAUAAAGCCUAUCUUAUCUUAUCUUAGCAGUUAGCGCUCCAUAACAGAUUAUUGUUAGUAGCUGUGCUGCUUUCUUCAUACCUUUUUUCAUCUUGCUAUGAUGAUUUCUUAAUAUUUUCGCCUCUCAUUGCUCAACAGCUUUCUAAUAAUAACAAGGAGAGAUGCCGACCGGUAUCCGCUUUGUUUUUCUUUUUGAAGUUUUUUUCUUUUAUACAAAACUUUAUUGAACCCUUGUAGAAACAAUUACAUUCACCAUUACUUCCGUAAACAGUGCGCUGCUCUUUGACGUGUCCUUCUGUUUUCUGCGCACGCGGGUCGCUUUGCGGUCUUGAGCUGUUCAGACAGCAGUAUGAUGGAGGUCACAUUUAAUAGUUGUUUGAACGCCCAUCUAAAAAAAA